GGGAGGAGGAGCUCAUGACUUUGAUAGAAAUUCUUGCAUCCAAUCAUCUUGAGCUUACUCGACCUAGCCUAGGCCGAUCGACCACCUUGGUACAAGUAAGGUACCCGGACCGACCUUGCUGCACCACAUCAGAUAACCCCCGAUACCAGUCCCGCAGUAGCCUUGCCCCUCCUUCGCCCACUGCUAGCCUUCAUGCAGCCUCCAGUUUGCGUCAGGGCAAGUAUUGUACGCGCCGUCACCACCAACAAAACAGCUUUUUCGAGAAACUGGAAUAAGAUUCGGCGCGUUCCUUCCAAGUUGCACGCAAUAACUGCGAACACCCAACAACAAUACUCGCUGGGAUUGCAAACUGCUACAUCCUCAUCCUCAGCUUCUGCUCUAUAUUCCACCACCAGCACCCCCCAGUCAGCCUUGCGUGAGGUUCCGGGCUCGUCACAGGCCACCGCAGUCAUGGGGAAGAAGGACGACAAGGCCGGGAAGGUGAGCUUCCAGCUCAAGACCCCCAAAGGCACCCGCGACUGGAGCAGGAAGGAUAUGAUCUUGAGGGAUCGUAUCUUCAAUGCCAUCACCGAGGUCUUCAAACGCCACGGCGGAACGAAUCUCGACACACCAGUCUUCGAGCUCAAGGAGAUCCUUAGCGGAAAAUAUGGAGAGGACAGCAAGUUGAUAUACGACCUGGCAGACCAGGGUGGCGAGCUCUGCUCGUUGCGAUAUGACUUGACAGUGCCGUUAGCACGCUACCUGGCAAUGAACACCGACAUAAAACAACUGAAGCGUUACCAGAUAGCAAAGGUCUAUCGCAGAGACCAGCCGGCCGUCGCCAAGGGAAGAAUGCGAGAGUUUUACCAGUGUGAUUUCGAUGUUGCUGGAAUAUACGACCCCAUGAUUCCAGAUGCCGAAAUUCUGCGCAUUAUUGUCGAAGUCUUUGAGGCACUAAACUUCGAGAAGUUUACCAUCAAGAUCAACCACCGGAAAGUUCUCGAUGGUCUCUUUGAGGUGUCUGGAGUGCUCUCCGACAAGAUUCGGUCGAUCAGCUCCGCCGUCGACAAAUUAGACAAGAUGCCCUGGGAGGAGGUCAAGAAGGAAAUGUUGGAAAAAGGCAUCUCAGCCCAGGUGGCCGACUCCAUCGGCGAAUAUGUUAAGCACAAAGGCGGCAAGGACAUUGUUGAUCUGCUCAAGGCCGAUGCCAAGUUGGAAAAAAACGAGAACGCCAAGGCUGGCAUUGAGGAUAUGAACCUGCUCUUCACAUACCUCGACGCCUUUGGUGUUACAGACAAGGUUUCAUUCGACUUGUCGUUGGCAAGAGGCCUGGACUACUACACCGGCGUUAUCUACGAGGUUGUGACUGAGGGUUCUGCUCCUGCAGUUGCCCCCAAGCCAUCUAACGGAGAAACCGAGGCUAAGGUGUCAGGAGAAGGCGCAGCGCAGCCUGGGACAGAAAAUGCCGCCGCGGCACCGGUUGACAACAAAAAGAAGGCUCCCAAGAAGAAGCAGUUGAGCGAAGACGAUGACCGCUCCGAUGACCCCACGGUCGGUGUGGGCAGCAUCGCUGCGGGUGGACGCUAUGAUAACCUCGUGGGCAUGUUUAGCGGCAAGGGUGACAAAGGCCAGAUUCCAUGUGUCGGCAUCUCGUUUGGUGUGGAUCGCAUCUUCAGUAUCAUGAGUGCCAAGCAGGCACGAGAGCAGGCGACAGUGCGUCAGAAUGAGGUUGAUGUUUAUGUCAUGGCGUUUGGCGGCGGCAAGGACUUCACGGGCCUGUUGCCAGAACGCAUUGCAGUAGCGAGGCAACUCUGGGAUGCUGGUAUCAAGGCUGAGUUCUCGGCAAAGGUGAAGCCCAAGUUGCAGCAGCAGUUCAAGGUUGCGGAGGAUGGAGGCGUGCCACUGGCUGUCAUUCUUGGAGAAGACGAGCUGAAGGCCGGCAAAGUCAAGCUGAAGAUUCUCGGUUUGCCCAAGGAUCACCCUGAUAAGGAGGGUCACCUUGUGUCUAGGGAUGAGCUCGCAGCCGAAAUCAAAAAGGUGCUGUCGGCGGGUACACCAUAGACAAUGUACGCGGCAGCAAAUCAAGAAGAAAAAACAAGUAAUAAAUAGACCAGGUCUUCCACAAUGUCAGGUUCGACAUGGCAAUAUGGGAAUCCGUUGCAUCAUCCUUUGCUACAACAGCCGGAUAGCUCUGGUCUGAAACAUGUUAGAUGUACCGAGUUGCCCGGUGUGUGCUACUUCACGCGUUGACCUUGGUGAGACGGCAUGCCUAUUUGUAUGGCAACUCAACUUCAAAUAUAAGAUAUAUACUAUUAGCACUACCAAAAGGCGCGGGCUGCACAUGUACAGUAAACGGGUAUGCUGUGCCAUGUAUUAGCGUCAUUAAAUAGCUAUCAUUAUUAUUUGCGAAGGGC